AUGGCGCAUAUCGUACAGACAGCGACACCGACAAACGAUGGCGCUUCAAACAAUACCACGUAUCCGGUGUCUGCGAGGGUGAUGAAAAAGAGGGAAACGGAUCGAAGAUGUCAGCGCAUGAUUAGAGAGAGGACCAAAAGUAAAAUAGCUUAUCUUGAGGAUCUUGUAGAGCAAUUCAGACAGCAGGAUGCCAGUGGUAGAGUCGAGACAUUGAUGAGGCAGCUCGAGGACGCGCAGGAGGAACGUGAUAGUCUGGCGAAGAAAGUCAAGAAUAUCGAAAGCAUAAUUUCAGACAGCAGCAAAGUCAAAGAAGAGCCAGAAGUACGAGAGUCAUCCGUGCCUAAACUGAAAGACAACAGUCAUCCAUCCUCUCCGAGCAUCGACGUCCAGCAAACUACAGCGAGUCACUCUCCUGUGGAAGACCUGACCACAGAAAACUUGCAGGAACUACCGUUAUAUGCUAUACAUAACAAGGAAUACUCUGCAUAUGUCGAUAGUUCUUCCAGAUCGUCUUGGUCCGCAUCUACACUUCACGCCGAUCCAAGUCAUCGCUGCGAUUGUUCUGCUCAUUCCUCUGCUCUCGAUCCUACAAAGACACUGAACAAGUGGCGCUAUGCCAACGAUACUCUUACUGAAUGGUUCAAAUGGUCACCGCAAGCUCUGGACAUGUCGAAAUACCUUGCAUACAACGACGACAUUCCUGUACGUGCAAUGGUUGAAGGCUGGGAUGCGGUCGAGAAGCACGGCCACAUGCAUCCCGCUUGGCGUCUGCUCCGAGGUAUUGAUGAGACUCUUUUCAAAACUUGCGAGCCUCGAGAGAGACUAGCCAUACUCACAGUAAUGGGUCUGCUUCUGCAAGCGCACUUGAAUCCGACGACAGAACAGCACAAGAAGCUACCGGCUUUUUACAUAAAACGCCCUUCGCAGGACAUGUUGCAUUCGUACGCCACUGAGUACUUCGCCUGGCCAGGUCUUCGUGAGCGCUUUGUUUUCUCCGAGCAUCGAUAUUGCUCAAACAGCUUUUGGAGUAAUUUCUGCAGCAGUUUACGCAUUCAAUGGCCAUACGAGUUUCGCGACUGUUAUACUCGCAACACAGAGACAGGCCUAUACAAGAUUUCUCCGACGUUUCAAGAACGUGUUACAAACAUACGAGCCUGGACCAUGAGCAUGGGCAUGUUCAAACAAUAUCCGGAGCUCUAUGCUGAUAUACCAGCAUGUGACCAUAUUCCGGCGUCACUCGCACCACCAUCUAGCAGAAAAUCGUCACGAACUAUUCUGACUAUAACACCAGCCAUAGCCGAUUCCGACGAAGAUCAUUCAGAAACACAACCAACCCAUCCAGAAGGCGGCAGAAUGCAAAUCUCGGACUUGGCUCGACAAGGCCAAGUCACACAGCCUGGGCCAGGGAUAUAUAUGGCUCCAUCAUCCGUUUCACCUUUUGACCCCAUCACAGCUUCUUUACCAAAUUAUGCUUACUCCUCAACUGACGUUGCGACACCUGUUACUGGAUUUCAGCACAUGCCAGCAACGCAGCACUGGAACUAUAUGAACAAUCUCGACAUGUUUCAAUUAAACCCAGCCUGA